AUGGACCAUUUUCGUUUAUUGCUUUACAAAGAAUUCAUUGUAAUUUGGCGAAGUAAAGUAUGGAGUCUUAUCGAGUUGGCAACUCCUUUGCUCUUAUCUGUUCCGCUUAUAAUUCUCAUUCUUCAGAAUUCAUCAGAAGUCAAACAUGAAGCAGAAUUCUGGGAUUCAUUUCGGGUAACUGGAGAUUGGAGGGAUGUUGAUCGUCGUAUUGGUAAAAUCAAAUCAAUCUAUAAUUAUUGUGGAAUGACCACUUGGAGAAAUUUGGGACUUGUUUUCCCGACUGGAAUGGAUGUAGAUGAAAGUCUGCGAAUAGCUCGCGAAAUAGAAUCUCGAUAUGAAAUGCGUGUUUCUUCAAUGCACGCACAUUCUUUUACUCUUAAUGUGACCAUAUUUAAAACUGAAUCAGCUAUGAUGAAAGCCUUGUUGAACGAUUAUCAUCGUUCACUUCAGUGCACCCAGUACAUAGCUGGUGUGGUAUUUAAUGAAUUCAACAGAAGCAUAUCACGCCUUUCUUAUACACUACGAGUGCGUCAGACAGAGGACCCACAAACUCAUUGGUAUGUUGGUAAUGAAAUUUGGGAAAGUGGAGGACCUUAUGAAGUCUUAUCUGAUCAAUUUCCUGUAAAUUUGAUACCAAAUUAUUGGUCGAUGGGUAUAUUAUCCUUGCAGUAUGCCAUCGAUGUUGUAUUUCUUAAAAUAAUUGAUGAAGAAAAAUACAAUGACGCUGAAUUUGAAUUCAGUUUGGAGCGUAUGCCAGAACCCGCAUAUUUUGAGAAAGCAGUAGUGGGAUUCUUCACGUUUUUGAUCAUAUUUUGGCAAUUGUUUUCGUUGCCUUCAGUCUUACACACUGCCUUUUUAAAUGUAAUGGGAAUGCAGUCUUCAACAUUUUAUGCCGCACAUGCAACAAUUAGUUUUGUCAAACUUAUGAUAGUUUUGCUUACGACUACGAUUAUGUUGUUACCAUUAAUUCAGACAGUAUCUCCGUUUUUGUUAAUUUGCACAAAUGUAAUUUAUGGUGCUAGUGCAGUAGCGUUCUCUUUAUUAAUGUCAAGUAUUUUCCACACCUCUGGUGCUGCAACAAAAGCAACGGUCGUAAUUUGGCUUGCGUUUAUAGCAUUAACCAAAUUUCGGGCCACUGAAGAAUCAAUUUUCUUAAACACUUUGCUUUCACUUAAUCUGAAUUAUGCAUAUACAUUAGCCCUUCACGCUAUUCAGGACUAUAUGAAUCGAGAUCAGUCACUAACUUUCUACAAUAUGUUUGAGAAUGCUAACUAUAUGUAUCCGUUUGGCGCCGCGCUGAUAAUGAUGAUUUUCAAUGUAGUGUGGAUGUCAUUAUUGGCAAUUUAUUUGGAUCAUGUUUAUCCAUACGGUGAUUUACCACGAAAGCACUGGUUUUUCUUUAUGAAUCGAUCAAGUAAUGAAGAUCUGCAGUUUGCUUGUGAUGACGAACUUGAUGCGCCAAACAGUAAUAUUCAGGUUCAUGAAGGUAGCGACCAAGCUGAUAUUGAUAUACGCCGUUUGACAAAAACUUAUAAAAUCCAGCCAGCAGUGAAUAGAAUGUCUUUUCGUGCCUAUCGAGGAGAGAUAACUGUUCUUUUGGGACACAAUGGUGCAGGAAAAAGUACAACAUUUUCAAUGAUUACGGGCAUUAUUAAACCUACAUCUGGCUCUAUUUACAUUUGUGGUAACAAAAUGGAUUCGCGUUCGCUUGUUGAUUGUCAGCAAGAAAUCGGUUUCUGUCCCCAGUACAAUGCAUUGUUCAGUUUGUUGACGGUACGCGAACAUUUGGAAAUUUUCUGCAAACUUAGUGGUAACACAGUUAAUUGUGUUGACGACAUGUUAGCAGAUAUACAAAUGGGAAAUGCAGCAGAUGUGAUUGCUGAAAAACUCAGUGGUGGAAUGAAGAGGAAAUUGUGCGUUGGAAUAUCUUUAAUUGGUGGACGUCGUAUUGUACUGCUAGAUGAACCUACUGCUGGUAUGGAUCCAUCUUCUAGAUUAGCCAUUCUUCGACUUCUUCAGCGAUGUAAAAAGGAAAGAACAAUGCUUCUGACAACCCACUGCAUGGAUGAAGCAGAUUCCCUUGGUGAUCGAAUAGCAAUAAUGGUGGAAGGCCGUCUGGUUUGCGCUGGUUCUCCAGGCUUUUUAAAAAGCCGUUUCGGAACAGGAUAUUUGAUGUCGAUUGAUUUAAUGCCCCAUACUGUAGCAUCUUCAUUUGCUAAUCAGAAGGAAAAUAUCAUGUCUGCUAUCAGAGCAUAUGUACCCGAGGCUCGGCUUCAGUCAGCAACUCCUCAGCAAAUUACUGUUCUUUUACCCGCUAACAGCAAAAAUAGCUUUUGUGAUUUAUUUGCACGACUGGAAAAAGUUGCUCAAAGAUAUGGUAUUAACUCAUUUGGUUUAUCGUUGAACACAUUGGAACAAGUGUUUCUGAAAGUUGGAGAAUUGAAAGAGAUGGUUUCAACAAAUGCCAUUGAGAUGGAAAAUAUUACAGAAGACCAAGCGUCAGUUCUUUGCAGUCAUUCAUUUACUCAGACAGGAUUUAUGCUUUGGCUUCAGCAGAUAAGUGCACUGGUUAAUAAACGUUUCAUUUGUUAUCGUCGGCAGUGGCCUCGACUAAUAUGGCAAAUUUUCCUUCCAACAGUCUUAUUGUUAUUUGUUAUUUUGUAUAUGAGGCAAUCACCUGCUCGCGAAGACAAAAGAAAUGAAAUUGUGCUGAACGCUGGACGUAUUAGUCCAUCUAUUGUAUUGAUAAAAUCAGAGGAACCAAGAUUGCCAUUUGUUCAGAAUCUCCUUCAAAUUAUAGAGAACAUGAAAGACCAUUCGUAUAAGUUUGUUCCACCGAAAGAAAAUUUGAUGCAGUAUCUUGCUGUAAUACCGAAGAUUCCACCACCUGUAAGUGUAGCUGUAUCAAGCAGAUUAACAAGUAAUCGUAUUAUUGUCAAUGCAUUUUUCAAUGCGAAAGCGAGAUACGGUCCAGUUAUCGCAACAACUUUGGUUAAUAAUGCCAGAUUGGGUUAUCAUGCAGAUUCAAUUCAAAUUUCUCUACAUUCAUACGGUAAUGUAAGCAGUGUCAAUCCCUUUUUAUCGUUGAAUUCCCAAAUGUUUUUGAUUGCGCCUGUUUUAAUUAUUAGCUUUGCGUUUGUUUCCUGUGGUUUCGUUACUUAUAUUGUCGACGACUUUAGUACGAAUUUUCUGCAUCAGCAACUCCGAGCUAGAUUGAGCGCAUUUACUUAUUGGAUGUCUGUAGUGGUUUCGGAUUUACUGCUCUAUACGUUUAUCUGUAUCAUUUUCAGUAUUAUUUUGGGUGUGUGGAUGAAUAACUUGAAGCCUGAUCUGGUGUUUCUCUGGUUGAUAUAUUUGUGGCCAUCUAUGCCGUUUGUUUACAUCAUGGCUUUUCUUAUUAAAAAUCCAGCACGAGCUUAUGUGGUCUUGAUAAUCUUAACUUUGGUUGUUGCUCUAUGCGCAAGUAUCAUAUCUUACGUCGUUAUGUCUAUGAAGCCGAAGUUCUACCCUUAUUUACAUACUGGAUUAUUAUUCACGCUUCCAACAUAUGCUAUGUCGUUUAGUUUGAUUCAGAUUUUGGUGGCUAACGUCAAUGGGGAUGCACAUGAUAUGUAUAGCUGGGAGAAUCUUGGACGUGUUUAUGCUAUAAUGACUUGCUCAGGCUUAUUGUUUUGGAUCAUUUUGUCCAUGAUCAACUCCAGAGUUUUAAGAGUUUAUAUGCAUGGUUUAUGCUCAGUCGUGCGUAAGACAUCUUCAAACACAUUAUUGGAUAUUGAUGUGAAGAAUGAAAAAGAGCGUGUAUUAACCAAAAAAAAGACAGAACUAUCGCUAGCUGUACAUAAUUUGAACAAAUAUUAUGGAAAUGUUCAUGCAGUGCGCGAUCUUACUUUUGGUAUCAACCAUGGUGAAUGCUUUGGGUUGUUAGGAGUGAAUGGUGCUGGCAAAACAACUACAUUUGAUAUGCUAACUGGUAUGUCUAUACCAGACAGCGGAGAAGCUUUUAUCAAUGGCCGUUCUAUCUUAAAAAAACAGACUAUUGGAUUUUGUCCUCAGUUCGAUGCACUCCACCCAAAGCUUACAGCUAGAGAAACGUUGCGGUUGCUAUCGUCUCUCCAUGGUUUUUUGAAUUCUGAAAAACGUGUAAAAACUACUUUAGAAGCAGUAUCUCUAAUCACAAACGCAGAUGUUUGCACUGAAUGUCUUAGCGGGGGACAGCGUCGCAGAUUGAAUUUAGCAAUAGCAUUGAUUGCGCGAACUGAUUUAAUAUUAUUGGACGAACCAACAGCUGGUGUAGAUCCAAAAGCAAGACGCCAGAUUUGGUGCUUGUUGAAUGCGGUGCGCGAAAAUCGGCGAUCGAUACUUCUUACGUCUCAUAGUAUGACUGAAUGUGAAGCACUAUGCAGUCGUAUUGGUAUAAUGGAUCAAGGCAGUUUAAUUGCUAUUGGAACACCACAGCACAUCAAGACUAGAUUUGGAGAAAAAUAUACAUUGAGCAUUACCGUUCUUAAUAAGUGUGAGCUAGAUGAUUUGAUUCAUGCGGUGGAGAAAAUUUUUCCUGGUUCCAGUCUAAGCAGUAUUGAUGUCACAUGCUUGACAUGGGAUAUUCCGAAGCAAGAAUUCAAAAAGUGGUCAGAAAUGUAUGCAAAGAUGAAUCAACUUGCGAAGCAAUUUCCUUCUAUUGUUGAUUAUUCGCUAACACAAGCGACAUUGGAAAAGGCCUUUUUACAUCUCUCACGUUGUGAAAAAUAA